AUGGGUGGCUCAAGAGAAUACCACAGUCUUGGUCUCCAGCAUCGGGCCAAAGCUUUGCGCGCACUCAAGUUCGCACUCGUAGCGCCCAAUGACUCUCGACAAUAUACCGUCUAUCUCACGGCAAUGCUCGCCUUAGUCACAAUCGAUACUAUGACGGGAGAAGAUUCAGAUUUCCCAAUCCAUCUGAAAGGCUGUCACCAACUGCAAAGACCUGGCCAUGUCUCAGAUGCGAUCGAUGAUUCCAGUCGGCAGGUCAGCAGUAUUUGCCGUUUUCUGAGUCUCCUGGCUCGAACGACCGCACACGAGCUAGAAUCUAGACCCUGGAGAAUAGAGGGUCCAUUCUUUGAACAGCCUUACUUUCAAGACGAUGACACCAACAUCCAGUACAUGUACGGGAUCACCCCAUAUCUGGGAAACCUGCUACAAAAGACGUGUCAGGUGGCCGAGUAUCUGGCCUUCUACCAGGAUAUUGAAAUGCCAACAACCCUGCUCGAGGCAUGCUCGGCAUUACAUGAUGAAAUAUUUUCAUGGGAUAUACACUCCGAGUCUUUCAAUCUCAUCGCAUUGGAGGAGUCGACUAUGCUUGAGAUAAUACGUUGCCAGGCCCUGGCAUUCCACAGCGCUAUUGUCAUCUUUUAUUAUCGAACAAUCGAGAACUCCAGCCCGGUGGACCUCCAGCAGCGAGUAGCAACAAUCUGGAAGAACCUUUCGCUUGCCGAAGACCUCAAGGAUGUCUACUCAUGUGGCGAAAAACGCGCAGCUCCUAUGUCCUGGCCGGCAUUUAUUGCUGCAUGUGAGGCAGCGGAUCGACACCCUUGGGUUGAAUGGUGGGAGCGAGUCCAGGGGUACUCAAUGGGCAAUUUCAAAAGGCAAUGGAAGGUUAUACAGGAGAUUUGGAGCAUCAUGAAUUCAGACAAGAAUGUGGUUAACUGGAGAGAUGCCCUCAAACAAUCAGGCAAGUUGGUCUUGCCUAUUUGA